AUGUUGCCUAGAUUGUCUCAGUUGCUCAAUAGGUCUAGCCGAAUAAGGCUAUCCUGUCUAACCAGUAUAUCCAGUAGCAAAGUGCAUCCACAUACCCUCAUUCCGCAAAGAUUCAAUUCAUCUUCAUCCUCUCAACAUUCACAACAACAGCAACAACAACAACAAUUGACAGAAUUGGAGGCUCAGGAUAUCAAGUACAGAAAACAAAGAGAGCUUUCACUCAGAUCAGUCAAGAUCAAAAGCUACGGUGAUUAUUUCCCACCACAUACACAUCCAGGAUCAACCCAUUACAAAAAACCAGUUCAUGAUCAUUUACACAAAGGACGCCCAGUUAAGGAGUUGACUGUUCCCAAGAAGAAAACAGCUGGUAGAAACAACAAGGGCCAAAUUACAAUCAGAGGUAGAGGAGGUGGUCACAAGCAGCGUGUCAGGUUACUCGAUUUCCACAGAUAUGAACUGGGUAAGAACAAAGUCGUACGAAUUGAGUAUGAUCCAAACAGAUCGGGUCACAUUGCAUUAUUGGAGAAUGCCAACACGGGGGACUUGUCGUACAUUUUGGCUCCACAGGGGUUACGUAGUGGAGAUGUAGUUGAGAGUUUUAGACAGGGCAUUCCUCAAGAUUUCAUCGAGGAGAUGAAACGUACAAACAACGGUGAAAUUGAUGACGCAUUGUUGUCGGCGAGAAUUUUACAAAGAGGCAAUUGUCUACCAUUGAGGAUGUUGCCCGUUGGAUCCAUCAUACAUAACAUCGCGUUACGUCCAGGCAAGAGAGCACAAUUGGUGAGAAGUGCCGGAACAUUUGGUAAAAUCUUGUCAAAACACCCUGAGAAAUCACGUGCCAUUAUCAAGUUAUCGAGUGGUGAGCAUCGGUAUAUUCAUUUAGAUUGUCACGCGACGUUGGGUGUUGUUUCCAACAAGGAGCACCAGUUGAUCUCAUGGGGUAAGGCAGGUAGGGCAAGACACAGGGGCAAGAGACCUAUUACUCGUGGUGUUGCCAUGAAUGCAAAUGACCAUCCUCAUGGUGGUGGUAGAGGAAAAUCCAAGUCAAACAAAUUUAGUCAGUCCAAGUGGGGAUUGAAGAAGUUCCAAAAGACUAGACUUAGACCUAAUCCAAAUGUGAUUAGAAACAGAAAGGGAAGAAUGGUGAGGCAUAAGAAGUAA